GGAGACCAGAGGCUGGGCCUGGGUACUAUGGUGCACAUAAAACUGUCAAGUAGGCCUAUUGGUGAUGGCCCAUUGGAAAAAUUUAAGCCCAAUCAAUAACCCAGUACCGGCAGUCCCAUUUAAUUGUUGUCGAAAAACGACUCCCUCUCUCAACCUCGUCUUCUCCGGCAACUUAAGGGUCAUUUUCGCUGUUGUAAACAAUGAUAUCUUUCGAGUCGAUGCAUUAAACCCAGAUGGCAAGAAGUUUGAUAAGGUGUCUCGCUUUUCUGCUAGAAGUGAGCAAUUCGAUAUGGUCAUGCACCUUGAUGUCAAUACUGAGAUCUAUCCCAUGCAUGUUGGAGAGAAGUUCAUGAUGGUAUUAGCGUCCACUCUAAACUUGGAUGGAACACCAGACAGUGGCUAUAUAAGCACUGACUUGGCUGAAGUGCCCACUAGUACAUGCAAUGAAGGAGACGGAAACAAGAAAUCCCUUGCCGAUAAGUUUGACUAUGUCAUGCAAGGUAAACUGUACAGAAUCUCAGAGGAAUCAAGAGAGAAGCAAGUUAAAGCUGAUAUAUAUGUUUCGUUUGGUGGGCUCUUGAUGAUGCUUAAGGGCGACCCCUCCAUUGCCGCUAGAUUUGAGCUUGACCAGAAGUUGUUCAUACUCAUUAGGAAGGUUUGAGGUACAAAUAUGUGUUGUGCUAUCGAAAAACAAACCAAAUAAGAUGAUUAAUAUGCUUCUCGAUCGUCCGUGAGUACUCAGACAGUGAGAAUAACAACCGUUCAUGUGAGAAAUUGCGAAUUAAUUUUUCGUAACCAAUUUAUGUAGUGAUGGCUUGUCCAAUUAAUGAUGUUGUGAUGUGUUACCAUGACUCUAUGAGUACUUGUUUUUGUAUGUAUGCUACACGGCCGACUCAAACUUAGUCUAAAAUCUAGUGAAAAUUUGUCGUCCCUUGAAAUGAUCAGUCAAGUCGAAUUUAUACAGCUGGUUAACAAAAUAAUCUUUCACCAUAAAAACUUCAUUACACAUGUAGCUCUUUACAUAUAUUGAAAUAUUGAAUAGAUAUUUCAACCUAUGAUUUUAGCAUUUUUCAAUUUGAUUUCGUUCUU